AUGGACUCGGCGACUUUGAGAGAAUUCCAGAAUAUCCAUGCGGCAAAUGCGCCUAUUGAUCAACCCGACGAUGCCCUGUCAGAUGACGGUGCCACACUUAGGGACUAUCGCCGGGGGAGUAUUGAUGGCUCUACACUCUUUUCCGCAGGCUCGAGGCGUAACUCGAUACAGAGCCAAACCUCAUUAAGGGAUUUGACCACGACGUUGGAGAAUAUUACCACUUCCUCUGCCUCUCCACUCUCUCGGGCUGACCGGAACAGCAAGAGAGCAGCCAGAAUUGCGAUGAAGGACGUAAUGGAAGAGCAAAGACAACUCGCAAUGGUCUAUGAGGAUGAAGGGCGCGAUGAAGAGGCUAUCGAGUUGCGAGAACGCCUCGUGGUGGCGUGGGAGAUGAUGUCGGGAGAGGAUGACGGGCGGACUUUGGAGGCGCAGCGCAUGCUUGCGUUAUUAUACCAAUCCAACGGCCAUGGGGAAAAGGCACUCAGAUUACGAGAGCAUAUUGCUGCCGUACGGGACAGAACAUGUGAAGCGGAUAACUUGCAACGCCUCGAGGCUCACCGGCAGCUCAUAAUAUCGCGCCGAAUAAACGAGCGGGAGAAGUUUGCUCGAGAGCUGACAGAGCACUUGGAGGUAGCGAGGGCUUUUAUACCCGAAAACGAGGACCAGGGGAAGCAAACAGAGAGUUCAGCAACGAGAGAAACGGUUGCAGCGGCAGAAAUUGAUGCAUCUGAAAGAGAGCUUCCGCCGGCACAGAGGAUUACUCCCACAUCGGACAACCUGGAAAGGCCAAGAAAUUCUCUGCUGCGACGUAUUAGGUCGAUUUUCUCCAGUGGAUCUAACCCAGGGAGCAACUGA